UUGUCAGUCCGAGGAAGUGUGUUGAAAGUUCAUUUUGGAACACUCUUCGUGUCUAGCUCGACUGGGUAGCCCCUAAAUACAUCUUUUCCACUAAUUGAACUUAGCAAAACACGGGAUCUAGCGUAUCAGUCAAGGAUGGCUGCCUUGUGUCGCUCCGUGGGCUUUUGUGCUUCUCAUCUCCACACCGGCAGUCGUGCCUCUGCCAAACAGCAUUACAAAAUGCUCGUGCUCGGAGGAGGAAGUGGUGGAAUUGCAAUGGGCGCACGCAUGAAAAGAAUGCUGGGAGCUGAGAAUGUGGCUGUCGUGGAGCCCAGUCAGGUUCACUACUAUCAGCCUCUCUGGACUCUGGUUGGUGCCGGUGCUAAAACUCUUGCUUCAUCAGGAAGGCCCACAUCAAGUGUUGUGCCGUCAGGUGUCAAGCUGGUGAAAUCUAAAGUUCAGGAAAUAAACCCGGACACAAACACUGUCCGCACUGAUGACGGGACCGAUCUCUCGUAUGAGUAUCUGAUCGUGGCUCUCGGUUUGGAGCUCCAUUUUGAGAAGAUCAAAGGUCUUCCUGAGGGAUUUGAACACCCAAAGAUUGGAUCCAACUAUUCUGUUGAAACUGUGGACAAAACUUGGACCGCGCUACAGAACUUCCAGGAGGGUAACGCUGUGUUCUCCUUCCCGAACACUCCAGUUAAAUGUGCUGGAGCGCCACAGAAGAUAAUGUACCUCACAGAUGCGUUCCUCAGAAAGACAGGAAAGAGGGAAAAGGCCAACAUCCUUUACAACACAUCACUUCCUGUGCUGUUUGGGGUGAAGAAAUAUGCAGACUCACUUUGGGACAUUGUGAAGCAACGUAACCUCAAAGUGAACCUGAGGCAGAACCUGAUUGAAGUACGGGCGGACGAGCAAAAAGCUGUGUUUGAAAAUCUUGAUAAACCGGGCGAGAUCACAGUCUGUGAGUAUGAUAUGCUUCAUGUCACGCCACCCAUGGGACCCAACUCCGUGAUUAAAGGCAGCCCACUGGCUGAUGAGGCUGGCUGGUUGGAUGUCGAUAAAGAGAACCUUCAACACAAGAGGUACCCGAAUGUGUUUGGGAUUGGAGACUGUACAAACUUGCCUACUUCAAGAACAGUUGCUGCUGUUGCUGCACAGUCUGCUGUCCUGAACAGAACCAUCAAAAAGAUAUUGAAAAAUGAGAAACCAGAUAAAAAGUACGAUGGGUACACGUCAUGUCCGUUGGUUACAAGCUACAACACAGUUGUUCUGGCAGAGUUCGACUACAACGGUCAACCCCUGGAAACGUUCCCCAUCAACCAAGCCAAAGAAAGGAGACUCAUGUACCACAUGAAAGCUGAUGUGAUGCCGCACCUCUACUGGCAUGGGCUCCUGAAGGGCUUAUGGGGCGGACCAGAACCAUAUAGGAAACUUCUUCAUCUUGGAAUGAAAUGAGUCCUCACUAUCAGUGUGCAUAUUGAAAAAACUCUUUUUCCUUAACAGACUAUAAGUAAGACUGAGCUUUUAUAUGACCAAAUAAUACAAUGGCAUUGCUUAUUUUUAUUCAGAUUCUCUCAAAGAGAAUAUUGUGCUGCUUCGUUCAUGACUGAAACAAUACGUACAAAGAAACUUGAUUUUCUUUUCCGCAUCUUUAUGCUUCAUAAUGAUUUGUUAUCAUUUUCAGUUGAUAUUACAUGAAUCAUGAACACUGGACUUAAGGGAGGCCUGCAGUUCUUGAAAUAGUUGUCCUGGGUUCCUUUGUGAACUCUUAGAUGAGUCGUUGCCGUGCUCUCGGGGAAGUUUUUGUGGGCUGGGCACUCCUGGGAAAGUUCCCCAAUGUUCCACGUUUUCUCCAUUUGAGGAUAAUGACUCUCAUUGUCGGCACGGUGGACGACUGGUUAGCACAUCUGCCUCACAGUUCUGGUGACUGGGGUUCAAAUCCCGGCCCCGCCUGUGUGGAGUUUGCCUGUUCUCCCCGUGCCUGGGUGGGUUUUCUCCGGGCACUCCGGUUUCCUACCACAUGCCAAAAAAAUGCGUGGUAGGUUGAUUGAAGACUCUAAAUUGCCCGUAGGUGUGAAUGUGAGUGCGAAUGGUUGUUUGUUUCUAUGUGCCCUGCGAUUGGCUGGCGACCAGUCCAGGGUGUACCCCGCCUUCCGCCCGAAGAUAGCUUGGAUAGGCUCCAGCAGCCCGUGACCCCGGGUGACGAUAAGCGGUAAAGAAAAUGGAUGGAUGGGUUGUUUAUUUGGAUUAAUUGAAUCAUUAAACAAUACCAAUAACUGGUUAGUAAAUGAUGUGGUAAUUAUUGUGCAAAUAAUAUACGUUUUGAUCCUGACGGGUAACAAUGAAAUGUGCCUUAUUUCACUAUUACGUUCAAUGUUAUUUACACUUAUGAAUAAAGAAAAUGGAAUGAAACCAAUGAGAUGAGUGAAAAU